AUUUAUGGAUGUGUAACUUUUCUAAUAAGAUAUAAAGAUCUUUAUUAAAAAUAUUACAUUUACAAUAACACCAAAACAGACAGUCAUUAUUACAUAAAAUAAAACCAGAGAGGAGCAAACGGGAAAUUGUUUCUUAUUCUUAAUGUUUGCCUCGUUUUUUUUUCUUUCUUUCGCAAUAUCUUUAUUGAAAGUUUGAUAUGACGUCACAAAGCUUCAACAGGAUGUGCCAGCAAAUAAUCCGCUGGAAAAAAUCUCGCGAGACCUGCCACUCCCCCUUCCCCGCCCCACUUUCUCUCCUUGGCAACCCAAGACGCUAUAAAAGAUGCCCUUGCGUUAUAUAAUCGCCCGGUAAUGUCUCAAACGUUUGGAAACACAUCCACGUAGCACUUUAUGAAUCCGAAAAACACGUAUGGAGUAUUAUUUCCAGCAAGGGAGCAGAGAAGGAGACGUCGCGCUUGGAAUCGGGAUGUCUUCUCGCGGGAUUUGGGGGCUUUGAGCGACUGCCACGUCUCGGCUCGCAGCUAGCAAAGCUCCAGGUAGCAAACAUCAUCCGACGUGGACCUGCGUCAAGUUUCUCCCGACGCACCAAAUACAGACAAACGCACACGCAGCCGCUGGACCAUCGGCGCUCUCCGGUAAAUAUCAUGGGGCAUCCACAUCUGCUGUUGGUGCCACUGGCCUCCUCUGCGCUACUGCUGCUGCUCGCCUCGCAUCUCAGCGACGCUGACAGCCAUUCGCACGACCACCAUCACGGUCACCAUCAUGGCCACGCCCAAGGAGAUGACCACCAUCACCACAGCCACUCGCACGGCCCGGAGGUGAAGAUGUAUCACGGCGCCAGCAAGUGGAGCGCUGAGGCCAACCUGCCGCCGAUGGAGGAGGAGCACCACGGGCACGAGCACUGGCAUGGUGAUCACCACGGUCAUGACCCUGACCACGACCACGGAGACGAGCAUGACGAUGAGCGCCUGGAAAAUGAUGACCACGCACACGACAGUGAAUGGGGUAAUGACCAUGACCGUGUGCAAAAUGAAAACUACGAUCUUACCGGUGAUGACUUGCUAAACGAUGAGCAAGUGCAAAACGAUGACCACUGGCACGCCGAUGACCAAGAACAAUUUGAUGAACAAGACCAGGCUGAUGAUCACAGUCACACUGAUGAUCACGGUCAUCCCGAUGACCAAAGGCACGCCGAUGAUCACGAUCACGGCGAUGACCAUGUGCACGGCGAUUACCAAGAGCAGGCCGAUGAUCACGGUCACGCCGAUGACCACGCGCACGCCGAUUACCAAGAGCAACCCGAUGAUCAUAGUCACGCCGAUGAUCACAGUCACACCGAUGACCACGGGCAUGCCGAUUACCAAGAGCAGGCCGAUGAUCACGGUCACACCGAUGAUCACGGGCAUGCCGAUUACCAAGAGCAGGCCGAUGAACAAGUCAAUGAACAAGAGCAGGCUGAUGAUCACGGUCACGCCAAUGACUACGCGCACGCCGAUGACCAAGAGGAGGCCGAUGACCAAGAACAAGCUGAUGAACAAGAGCAGGCUGAUGAUCACGUUCAUGCCUAUGAUCACGGUCACGCCGAUGACUACGCGCACGCCGAUGGCCAAGAACAGGCCGAUGAUCACGGUCAUGCCGAUGACCAAGAGCAGGCCGAUGACCAAGAACAGGCCGAUGAUCACGGUCAUGCCGAUGACCAAGAGCAGGCCGAUGAUCACGGUCAUGCCGAUGAUCACGAUCACGGCGAUGACCAAGAGCAGGCCGAUGAUCACGGUCAAACUGAUGACCACGCGUACACUGAUGACCAAGAGCAGGCUGAUGAUCACGGUCACGCCCACGACAAUACACAUGCCGUCUGGCAUGACAAUGACCGUGCCCACAGUGAUGACCACAAGCAAACCGAUUACCACGAGAAUGCCGAUGAAUAUGCGCACGACGCUGAUGACCACGGGCACAGCCAUUGGCACAACCACGGUCAUGCACACAAGCACGAGGAUGACCACGGGCACAGCCACGACCACAGCCACACACACGACCACGGUCAUGCGCAUGACCACCACGGUCAUGGUCACGCACCCGCUCCCGGAGAAAUGAAGAGUGGCGCAGAGAAGCGGGACUUGAUGGAGCUGUGGAUGCAGGCCAUCGGCGCCACGCUGCUAAUCAGCGCCGCGCCGUUCCUCAUCCUCUUCCUCAUCCCGGUUCAGUCCAACAGCGACCAGCACAGGAACCUGCUUAAGGUGCUGCUGAGCUUUGCGUCGGGUGGCCUGCUGGGCGACGCCUUCCUCCACCUCAUACCGCACGCUUUGGCAGAGCCGCACUCCCACCACGACGGCGCCGCCGCACACGCUGCUCAGGAGUCGCACGGACACUCGCACGGCGGUGCCCACGAUCACAUGAUGUCAGUGGGCCUGUGGGUGCUGGGUGGCAUCGUCGCCUUUCUGAUUGUGGAGAAGUUUGUGCGUUUGCUGAAGGGGGGCCACUCGCACGGUGUUGCUAAGGAGAAGGACAGCGACGGAGAGGAAAAGAAGGCACCAAAGAAGAAGAAGGUGGAAAAGAGUGUUGACAUCAAGGUGUCCGGCUACCUCAACCUGGCGGCCGACUUCACCCACAAUUUCACGGACGGCCUGGCCAUCGGCGCGUCCUUCCUGGUGGGUCCCGCGGUGGGCGCCAUCACCACCCUCACCAUCCUGCUGCACGAGGUGCCGCACGAGAUCGGAGACUUUGCCAUCCUGGUCCAGUCCGGCUGCACCAAGAGGAAGGCCAUGUGUCUGCAACUGCUCACCGCCGUGGGAGCCCUGGCCGGCACCGCCUGCUCGCUGCUGGCCGAAGGCGUGGGUGCGGCGGCCACCGCUUGGAUCCUGCCCUUCACGGCGGGCGGCUUCGUUUACAUCGCCACGGUGACGGUCCUCCCGGAGCUUCUGUCCGGCCGCUCCAGUUUCGGCCAGUCUCUGAUGGAGAUUCUGGCCAUGCUGUUCGGCGUCGGCAUGAUGGUUCUGAUCGCAGAGUACGAGUGAAAAAAAAGAAGCUUGAAAUAAUGUCUUUUAGUUGUGGUUUUCUCCUUUCUUCACCUUUUUAUUUGUAUGUGGGACAAACGGUGUCUUUAUUUUGUGGGGUUGCUGUAGCAGCAUCCUUUUUUUGUUUUCCAGAGGGGAAAUGAGCUGAUGGACACGUCAGGAGAGGACUUACACUUUAACGCACACAUUGUUUUUGUACAAAAUACCUGCUUGGUUGGAAGCACACGUGGAUGGAAUAUUCACAAAUGUGAAGCCUCAGACAUGACAUGAGGAAAAAUAUUUUUAAAGUUGUGGCCACAAUAUAGAUAUGCACUAAAUGCUCAUUUGUGGCUAUAAAUUUAGGUAAAAGUGUGCACACAAAAUAUUAGUUCUGAACCACGAAAUGCUAAAAUACCUCAAAAUACUACUCUGGAAUCACGACUAUCCAGGAUUAUGUAUUUUGUGCACACAUACCUAAUUUGUGACCACAAAUUUUUAUUUUUAUUUUUUGUGCAAUCCAGUGUGGACACUUAUUAUUUUUUUAAUCCCCCCCCCCCCCCCCCCCCCCCCCCCCCCGUCAUGCCCGGGGCUCCAUACUAAAGUGUCAAAAGUGAGUUGAGUGCAGGCGAGCAGAGACGGUUUGAUUGUUAGCGACUGUGCAAUCUGUAGACUACAACAGGAUUGUACACAACUGUGAACAACAAUAAAGGCUGAUAACGUUUCUGA